AUGGACUCAUCCAUCAACCCCUUCACCGGCACGGCCAACGGCCCAAACAGCCACUCCAACUUUUUGGCCAACAAGAACUCCAGCCGCAACGAGGCUGUCAUCAUGGGCGGAGUCAUGAUCGGCGCUAUCGUCUUUGUCGUGCUCGUUGGUGUAGGCUGCAUGUUUUAUCGGCAGCGGGCUCGGAAUAUGAAGGCUCAGCAGAGCAAGGACGUUGACAAUGAUGGGCGGGGACCAAGUUUACAAUUCUGGAUACUAGUUCUAUCAAGGGUGUCACUGCGAAGGUUCAAGACUACGGCAGAUGGGGCAAACUGUGGGAUGGAAUGA